GCACUAACCCAGCAAUAGCAUCACAACGUUUUGUGACAAACGUAACACACAGAGUGACGGAGAGACAAACUACAAUGUCGGCAGGUUCCAAGAGCGUCCUAGUUCCCACUGAUGCCGAGCUGCUGCAGGCACAAGCAGAUCUAUGGCGCCACAGCCUCUACUACCUCACCUCCAUGGCGUUCAAGUGUGCCGUCGAGCUCGGCGUCCCAACUGCCAUCCAUAACCUGGGAGGGGCUGCAUCGGUGAAGGACCUGGUAACAACACUAUCCCUCCCGGAAACUAAGCUGCCGUUCCUGCGCCGUGUGAUGCGGUUGCUGGUCACCUCUGGCAUCUUUGCAUCUGAAAGCAGCGCCGAUGUGGAGACCUACCGCCUCAACCCUCUCUCCUGGCUCCUGGUGGAAGGUGUGGAUGCUGAAGACCACACCAACCAGAGAAGUUUCGUGUUAGCCACUGUCUCGCGGCAUUAUGUUGAAGCAGCGAUGUCCCUUGCUGACUGGUUCAAGAAGGAUUUGGCGCCCCCUCUCCCAUCGCCGUUCGAGGAACUACAUGGUGUGCCACUCCUUCAUGAGAAAACACCGCUCUUGGACAAAGAUCUUCACGACGUUGUUCUUGAAGGUUUGGCAGCGCAUGACAAUUUGGCAAUAGGAACAAUUAUGCGGGAGUGCCAUGAUCUUUUCCGGGGGGUGCAGUCGCUAACUGACUGCUGUGGGGGAGAUGGCACCACGGCGAGGGCUAUCGUCAGGGCCCACCCUAACAUCAAGUGCACCGUGCUUGACCUACCAGAAGUCAUCAAGACUGCACCAGCUGAUGGUGUCAUAAACUACGUUGCGGGUGACAUGUUCAAAUCUGUCCCGCCAUCUCAAGCUGUGUUGCUCAAGCUUGUACUGCAUCACUGGAGCGAUGAGGAUUGUGUGAAGAUCUUAGAACAAUGCAAGAAGGCAAUUCCUUCCCGAGAAGAGGGAGGGAAGGUGAUCAUUAUAGAAAUAGUUCUUGGCCCUUCUUUAGGUCCAAUAAUGUUUGAAGCCCAACUCCUGCUGGACAUGCUCAUGAUGGUGAAUACCAGAGGCAGGCAGAGGGAUGAAAAUGACUGGCGUGAAAUUUUCAUGAAAGCAGGGUUCAGUGACUAUAAGAUUGUUAAGAAAGUGGGAACUCGUGGUGUUAUCGAGGUCUACCCAUAAGACUACUGCAGUCCUAAAUGAAGAAUAUGCUUAUAGUGUGGUUCAGUACGGACCGUAUGCUGUGAGCAGAUAAAUAAACGAAGUGCCUUGUUCCCUGAACAGAGGUAUAUGAAUCUUAAGGUAGAUGAACUAAGCUUUUAUUACUUUGAGAUCCAUAUAGCUUCUGUUUUAGAAACUAGCACUAUUAUGCUUCCUUUGUGCCAUAUUCCUAUGUUUGCUCCACCGAGAGACAGUUUGGUGCUUGUUGAUCAGUAUUUGAUGUAAUUCCAAAAUAAGAUGUGUAAUGUAUUGUCAUGUUACAUCGUUGAGUGGCACUAUUAUUACUUACAAAUUUACAAUAUAUAAAAAUACUGUGAUGUC